AUGGUCAGCGCCGUUCCGUUCGUCGUGCUUGUGCUUGCAAUGACUGCUGCCGUGCCUUUGGGUACCUCCAUACUCGUCCAGUCGGCUGCCAUGCCAGAUGGCUCAUGGCCCACUAGCCAAGGCGAUGUAUACUUCGCAGCGCCCUAUACGGUUAAGAGCGGCGAGGUCUUCGAUGGCAAGAUGAAGACGUACCAGCGAUCAAACGUCAAGUGCCGUGGCGCUACGGAGAGUGCGUGGCAAAACGCCGUCUUCGUUGUCGAGAACGGCGGUACACUGAAGAACGCGAUCAUUGGAGCGGACCAAAUGGAGGGUGUGCACUGUGAGGGGGGUUGCAAUAUCAUCAACGUGUGGUGGGAUGCUGUAUGCGAGGACGCGCUGAGCAUCAAGGGCGGUUCAGAAAGCAGCGUGACAACAGUGAUUGGCGGCGGUGCACGCUUGGCCGCGGACAAGGUGGUGCAGCACAACGGCUACGGUUCGUUGAUUAUCGAGGGUUUCUACGUAGAGAGCUAUGGAACAUUCUACCGCUCAUGUAGCGAUUGCGGCAACAAGGGUGUGAAGGUCAUAAUCAGGAACCUGUUUGCCGUCAACGGUCGCGUGAGACUCUUGACACAGAACGACGGCGACGAAAUCACAGUUGAAGGCAUCAAGAUCAAGGGCAAGAAGGUCGAAGUGUGCUCGGUCGGUACGGGCGCCUUACGCAUCUCCUGCAAGUACUCGCUCAGUACUGUCACAUAUGUGUGA